CUUUUCAACAACUCGGUAGUCGGUAGUCAAUAUGAAUGUGUUUGUAUACCUUCUCUUGAUGAUCAUGAUAGCAAGUGCAGCAGAACAGUUUUCGAUAUGGAAGACAGACAGUGAGCGCUCCUACGAAGGGUUACUACUGGUGAGUAUCAACGGAGCAGCUCGUAAAAACGUAUGUCGACGCUAUUCUACUUACCAUUACUAUCCCGACACAGGUACUUCUCUCCAGAUCUGCAAGAAGCUACACUUCCACCAACUUGUCUCCACGGGCAACACAGGCAGCCUCUAUCUGUUCCGUUCUCACUACACCUCAGGUAUGUACUACUUGAGGGGCUGUAACCCAACUUGUAGUUACAGUGCAUCUACUAACUGUCUAAGCGUACAUUAUUUCACCAAGAUCUCUUGCGGAUGCUCUGGAAACUUCUAUGCAACAGCUGACGGCUGCAUCCCCUGCCCAACAAACAGCGUAAACGCAACUGGUACUGUGGGUAGAUGUUCCUGCGAAGCUGGCCUGUACUGGUCGGUGGGUCACUGUAUACCUUGUCCAGCGUACAAGUACAGUGCUGCUAACUCAGUGAACUGUACCCAGUGUCCUAACGGAGCUACCUCCACCCCUGGUUCAAGUAACUGUUUCUGCUUUCCAGGGCUACACAAGGAAGGUACAGAGUGUAGGGAAUGUGGUGGGAACACUUUCAGUGUUCGGAACAGCACAUCUUGUACAAAUUGUCCUGAAAACAGCACCGCCUCUCUCGACCACUCUGCUUGUGAGUGUCAGGACAACUAUCUCUGGAACCCAGCCGGCAACAACUGCACUGAGACAGAGAAGAAUAUCAGUCAAAACAUAACCCGGAUCUACAACAAACCAACACCAGCUCCGCAAACACCGGACAAAAAGACCAAACUUGGAAAUCCUCAUCCCGUGACGACAGCACUACUGAUUGUGAUUCUGGUGGCAGUUCUGGCUUGCCUCGUUGCAAUUGUGAUCCGGACAUCCUGGAGAAAGACAAAGGAACCCGGGAGGAUGAUCAUGGGAGGACUGCAAGAUCGAGAUCUCCCGACUGGACCCCCUCCAAAACCACCAGCUUGCUGUGUAGACGAGGAGGAUAUUUAUGUCGAACAAGACUGA